UUGCAACAUGUAUUUAUAUUUCAGGUGAGCACGGAAGAUGCCUCAUCUAGUGCGCUAACAGCCUCAACACACUUACUGCUUAUUUUUGCGUCUGCGGGUACUACUGUUUUCACUAUAUUGGCUAUCGCUUUAGCGCGCAGACGAUCGCGACAUCGUGGUUUUAUCGAGGUUGACAUAUGCACUCCGGAAGAACGGCACGUAAAUGGAAUGCAAGUGAAUGGUUACGAAAAUCCUACCUAUUCAUUUUUUGAUAACAAAGCUUGA